UUGCUGUGUCACCGAAGCCGCAAGAUCAGGUGCACGUUUACGAUUUUUCGCCUUCGGUUUGUGCUGAUGUAUCGUGGUCUGUGCGUUUCAUUGGCUCCAGAGAUGCGAGUUGGAGCGUAUAAUGCGCUUAAAGUCGACGUCUGGUCUCUAGGCGCAACGGUAUGGGAACUAGCUCAAACAGAACCGCCCUUUGCAGACGUUCAAGACCCGCGUCAAAUUGGUGCCCAGCGGCCGGCUCUCCGUCAACCAGAGCUUUAUUCCCGCGGAUUUCAUGAUUUUUUGAGAUUAUGCUCAAGACCGUAUGCUUCGUGGCCGAAUGCUAAUGAGUUGUUGAACACUCCUUUCAUCCGCAACGCAUGCGGCCGCGCGGUGAACGUCCAACUCCUAUCGCAGUGUAGAGCUAUUGAAGAGCAUGUGUUGCAAAGGGAGAGUGAGAGUGAGGAUGCAGGGGACUCGUGACGAGUAGAUGGAUGGAUGGAUGGAUGGACGGAUGGACGAU